AUGAUAUCCACUUCAACAGUCCUACUUUUCGGGCCAAAACAUAUUGCCUUAGCUGAGACAACCGGCGGUGCAUUCAGGGAGUGCAUCGACGCAUUUGAUGGUUACACCUUCUUGUACCCGAAAAGCUGGAUCCAGUCAACCAGAACCGAAAUUCUUCGCAACGUACCAAUUUCAGUGUCAACCGGGAGUGUUGAGGAUCUAUGCCCCCCAGAGAAGGCUGCCGAGAAGGUUCUGAAGCAGUAUCUGACAGAGUUCAUGCCGACUAGGCUGGGCGUUCGGCGCGAAUCAAAUGUCUUGUCAGCGUCGUCGAAGGUCGCUGAUGAUGGCAGGCUCUACUACGAAGUUGAGGUGAACAUAAAAUCCUACGCGAGCAAUAACGAGCUUGCAGUGAUGCCUCGGGACAGGGUACAAAGGCUGGUGUGGGACAGGCGGUACCUUUCGCUCCUCGGCGUCGAGAACAAGCGGCUCUAUGAGCUCCGGUUGCAGACGCCGGAGCAGGUGUUCGUGCAGGAAGAGGACGACCUGAGAAGAGUCAUGGACUCCUUCAAGGUCAUCAAGACGGCUUAG